CUGAACUGCACACAGAGAGAGAAGUUCCCAUACAGCCAGAGAGAGAGAGAGUUAUUCAGAGAGACAGAGAGAGAGACAGAGACAGAGAGACAGAGAGAGAGACAGAGAGACAGAGACCGAGAGGUUAUCCGAGAGGUUUAUUUCUCAGAGAGGUUUAUUCCUCCACACUCCUAAGGAGUCAUGGCGAAAGACCAGUACACUAGAGACCUGGAGAAGGUGAUCAUGGAGCAGAGAGACACAACAUUCAGAGUGCUCAAACAGUGGACAAUCGAGAAGGCUGAAUGGGACGCGGAGAAAAAGAAGAUGAAGCUGGAAAUUGAACAGCUGAAGAAGGAAGGAGAGAGGCUGAGCCUGAGAAAAAAGAAAGAGGAAGAGCAGAUGCACUCUAAAAAUGUGGGAGAUGUGAAGGAUCUCCUAGAAAUGAAACAGGUGCAACAAGCCAUGGAAAAGCUUCAGAAGUCAGAGGAGGAAAAAAGAGAUCGAAUCCUGCAGGCCUGGACUGUGGCAAGCAAGGAAUGGGAGGAAGAGAAAAAGAAGAUGAAGGUGGAAAUCGAUCAGCUGAAGAAGGAUGGAGAGAAGCUGAUAACGAUGAAGAAGAAAGACAAAGAGCAGAUGAAAGAGGAGAAGGAUCUCCUAAAAAUGACAGUAGUCCAGAAAGCAGUGGAUCUGAUUCAGAAAACAGAGACUGAAAAAAGAGACAGAAUCCUGCAGGCCUGGACCGAAGCAAGUGAUGAAUGGAAGGAGAAAGAAAAGAAGAUGAAGCUGGAAUUUGAACAGCUGAAGCAGAAAUACAAAGAGCAGACAGGAGAGGUGAAGAAAGAUCUCCUAGAAAUGAGAGUGGUCCAGAAAGCAGUGGAUCUGAUUCAGAAAACAGAGACUGAAAAAAGAGACAGAAUCCUGCAGGCCUGGACCGAAGCAAGUGAUGAAUGGAAGGAAAAGAUGGAGAUGGUGAUGAAAGAAAGAGACAAGGAGAAGAAGGAGAUGGAAAAGAGGAGGGAAGAGAGGAAGAAAAAGAAGGAGUUGGAAAAGAUGAGGAACGAGAGAGAAGCCAAGGUGAUGGAGGAAAAGAAGAAGAAAGAGCAGAAAGAGAAGGAGCAGAGAGAGAUGGAGGAGAUGGUGCAGAAAAUGGAAGCACUAACCCUUGACUCCAGCUGGCAAAAGACUCGCCUCAAGAUGAGGAGAAGAAAAAUAGUUCCAUUUAAUCAUCUUUUCUGAUUUCCAAUUUCUUCUGAUCCCUCUUUUAAGAUUUCAAUAAAUCAGUUUUUAUUGAAACUGAA